GGGCAGCGCGUUGUCACCUUAAAGGUUCUGCGUCCGCCACGAGCUCCUGCAGGCGGUGAAGACGCGUAGCAACCACGCGAUAUCAAACGGUAUCUUUCUGUUCAUGUCGUAAUUGGCCUCGUUCAGCUGAAACUUCCAGACCAUUUGCCUUUAGCUUGACAUAAAUAAGAGCAAUAACUCGCUUAAAUGGCUCACCUUGUCAGCGCUGCCUUCGUGAGAAAUAGAGGACUGUUCCUGCCAGGACUUAGAGCAGUGAGGGAGAUGUCUUCUCAAGGAGGCCCUACGCCCCCAUUCUCCACCCUGUCCAUCAGCCACCCAGCCAGCAUGAUCACUCACGUGGAGCUAUACCGCCCCGAGAAGCGCAAUGCCAUGAACCGAGCCUUUUGGAGUGAAAUGGUGGAAUGCUUCUCUCAGAUCGCUGUUGACGCAGAAUGUCGGGUUGUCGUCGUGUCAGGAGCAGGCAAAAUCUUCACCGCAGGGAUUGAUCUGAUGGACAUGUCCAGUGAUUUUAUCCAGCCUGUAGGGGAUGACUCUGCAAGGACUUCCUGGAAUUUGCGCCGCCUCAUUGCCAAGUACCAGGAAACCUUCUCCGUUAUUGAAAAGUGUCCAAAGCCUGUGGUGGUAGCAGUACAUGGAGCAUGUAUAGGGGGAGGAGUGGACCUAAUUACAGCUUGUGACAUUCGUCUCUGUACACAAGACGCAUGGUUCCAAGUCAAGGAAGUUGACAUUGGCUUAGCAGCAGAUGUGGGCACUCUGCAGCGUCUACCCAGCGUUAUCGGGAGCCGCAGCCUUGUCAACGAGCUGGCCCUGACCGCCAGGAAAAUGUACUCUGACGAAGCCAAAACCUGUGGACUGGUCAGUCGUGUAUUUCCAGAUAAGGAGGCGAUGCUGGCUGGGGCUUUGGAGCUGGCGGGGGAGAUCGCCGCCCGCAGCCCAGUUGCUGUGCAAGGCACCAAGAUCAACCUCAUCUAUUCCAGGGACCACAGUGUUGCAGACAGCCUUGACUACAUGGCCACAUGGAACAUGAGCAUGCUGCAGACUCAGGAUGUACUGAAGUCCGCACAGGCUGCUAUAGAGAAGAAAAGCCCCAAAGAAGUGCCAUUCUCCAAACUCUGAGGGAGACCCAAGUUGGAAGGGCAGUAGAGGAAGAGAUAUUGGACAUUAGUAGACCUAACUUUUCUUUUCUCUGUCCUAAAAUUGUGGCUGAAGUUUCUGCAUGUUUAUAAUUUCUUUAAAAGGUAAUUUGUGGGCUGCAUGUACUACGGGGUUUCAGGACACAGACUAGCCUUGGACACUGCUUGCCAAGACCUAAGAAAUGACCUUAAAUGAAUCUAAAAUGCUACAGAACAAAUUCCAGUUAUAUAAAGGAUGGAACUGUGUAUCACUUUGGAUUGAAUGUUGGAAAAGUGAAGGGAGUUGUAAUUGUGAAUUUAAUUGAAUUGUAAUCCAUUUUCUAAACUGGUGGGCUACUGCAAAUUAUCUGUGCUUUGAAAUUAAUAAUGAUUAAUUUUUGGAGUAAACCUCAUGUGCACAACUUUCAGCUUCUGUGCAGGUUGCAAAAGGAUGACCCAGCAUUAUGUGUUAAAGGUUUCACAUAGGAAUUCACCUCCUUGGAAAUGUGACAUUAUAACCAUACUGCCUUUUGAAAUCAUCAGUUAGGAAUAGAGUGGAGAAAAUUUUCACUUUUAUGUGCAACGUUUAUCAAGUAGGAUUGAUCAAGAGCUGUUCGGGCUCGAAAGCAAAGUAAUAUUUCACAGUGCAUGUUGCCGUGUGUUUCGGGGAAAAGGUGUUGGACGGAGUGGAUUGCGCCAGAAAUUUACUCAUUGAGCUUUGAGUAAUUGUUUGUCACAGUUUGAGGCCCCUGUCUGUGUGUCACGUGCUGGGAGGAAAGGGCAGCCGUGUGACUUUCUAGAAACUGCACGAGUUCUGCUUAGCAUAGCAAGUUGGAACAGGGUUGGAGGAGCUAGAGUGCUGUUUUUAUAACAUGGUGCUGUCUUUGAAGUCAUACUGGAAGAAAUGAUGUUCCCCUCCUGUUGCUGCGCGUUUUGGGCAGCUCGGCUGUCGGACAGUACACCGGUGUUGGAGGUGAGGCGCUUAGAGGCGCUACAAUUCCAAGGCCUGACUUGUGUCCUGCUGAGGGUCGCGCAGCUGCUCCGCUGCUCUCUGACAGCGCUGAGGUUCCGUGAGGAUCAUGUCCUCCGUCAACAGUGCAGCCCCAUUCUUCUGCAGGCUCCUUCACUUCCGCAGUCAUAAAUAUAUAAUAAUCUCUCAUUCAGUGCUGGAGUGUUUCCUGGGCCAGUACUUUCCAUGAUCUGCGUCUUUGAUCAGUUGCUCCUUUUUCUGUAUUUUAACGGGGGAAAAAAAAACUCAAGAAUAAAGCAUUUAUCAAAUGUUAUUAGUAAAAAAGCCUUUCCUAUUGUACAGUUUUUUUUUUUUUUUUGCAUGAGCUGAGUAAUCAACAUGAAAAGUUUUUACUGUGCACUUUUUCAUUACGCGGUUGAGUU